UGCCCGGUCCUGGCCCCAUUGCGGAAGGAGUUUCAGAGCCUUAACCCCAUGGGGACACGCUGUGGGGACAGCAAGAGCGGGACGGCGCCAGGAUAAUGGGAAUGGGACCAGUAGUGGGGUAACGGGAACAAAUAGUGCUGGGGUAAUGGGAAUAGAACCAGCACUGGGAUAAGGGGAACAGACAGUGCCGGGAUAAUGGGAACAGGCAGCACUGGGAUAACAGGGCUGGGACAAGCACUAGGGUUACAAGACAGUGCUGGGAUAAUGGGACUGGGACAAGGACCAGGGCUAUGGUACAGGACUGGGAUUGGGACUGGAAUAAUGGGAUAGGACUGGGAGCAGUGCUGGGACCAGGGCCAGCUCUGGGAUGAUGGGGUUGGGCUGGGACUGAGACUGGCACUGGAUAACGGGAUGGGACUGGAAGCAAAACCAGCUGCCAUAGAGGUACUGGGGCUGAGGACAGGGAGCGACACUGGGUUAAUGAGAUGGGACAGGAAUUGGGACUGGGACUGGCACUGGGCAAUGGGAUGGGACUGGGGCCAGCAUGAGGAUGAUGGGACGAGGUCAGAACCAGCACUCGGAUCGUGGGAUGGGCACUGAGAUCAGUGCUGGGGUAACAGGACAGGAAUAGGGACCAUCACUGGGAUAAUGCAAUCGGGAGUGGGUCACAGAGAUUAGCAUGGGAAUAACGGGACAGGACCAGAACCACAACUGGGAUGGUGGGGUGGGAAUGGGCAUGCAGAUCAGCACUGGGAUAAUGAAAGUAGGGUUGGAACCAGGACUGCUGUGGUGAUAAUGGUAUGGGACAGUAACAGGAUAACAGGAACCAGUACUGGGAAAAUGGGAUGAGGGCUGAGUCUGGCAUGGGAAUAACGGGGCUGGAAUAAAAGGGUUGGGCCCCCUCCCAGGCCCCAGCUCAGCGCCACAGUGCCCCCGCACACCACAGAAUGGGGCCUCUGUGCUGUGGGGCGGGUGAGGGCUGAAUGGGACCAUUCAUGGUGCCCCCCCCUCCUCUCCAACCACCUCCACAGGGACCCUAUGGCCGACGGCAACGCUGCAACCCCCUGGGGCCCUGGCGGCGGCAUCCAAGUGGGCAUGGGGGACUGGGGGAAAUGGGGGGAGAUAUGGGGGGGUAUGGAGGGUCUAGGGGGAGCUACAGAGGAUAUGGGGGUAUGAGGGAACCAAGGGGACUGGAAGGUACGUGGGGAGGUUGGAGGGGGGGGCAUAGUGGGUACUGAGGAAAUUGAGGUAUCCAGGAGGGGCAUGGGGAGCUAUGGGGGGAUAUAGUAGAGACCAAGGGGACCCAAGUUAGUAGAAGGCAUAUGGGGGAUAUGGGGGGCGCAAGGGGGGUUCAAUGGGGCAUGGGGAAUUAAGGGAGGGUAUGGGUGUCACAUGGGGGCUGGGGUGGGGGGGCAUGAUGACCUAUUGGGGAUAUGGGGGACCAAGGGAGUCUGGAAAUCUAUGAGAUGGUAUAAGGGUAUACAGGGGGGCAGUGGGAGCAUGGGGAUCUACGGGGGAGUAUAGGAGGAUCCAGAGGAGCCAUGGAGAGCUAUGGAAAAAACUGGGGGCUGGGGGGCCAUGGGGAGCUUUGUGGGAGCACCGGGGGGACCAGGGGGCAUGAGGGACAAAGGGGAAUGUGGAAGGGAGUGAAAGAGGACCCUGGGGAGUAGGGGGCCUUGGGGACAAGGCAGGGGGUCACAGGGCCAUGAGGGGAUCCCUCUGAGCCCCCAUCCCUGGUGAUGCCUUGUGCCCAGCCCUGCCGCCCUGUGCCGAGGGUCCACACCUUCGGAAAGGGGGAGCAGGCAAUGCGAAGGGACCCCCGCAUCCCCCCCACCAUGCGGGGCUGGCUGCACAAGCAGGACAGCUCGGGGCUGAGGCUCUGGAAGCGGCGCUGGUUUGUGCUGGUUGAUCUCUGCCUCUAUUACUACAGGGACAGCAGCGAGCAGCAGGUGCGGGGGGGGCUCCCCUUACCCGGCUACAGGAUCCGCAUCCUGGCCCCCACCACCGGCAGCCCUCGCUUCCUCUUCACGGUUGAGCACCCUGGGAUGCGGAGCUAUGUGCUGGGGGCUGACAGCCCUGAGGAACUGGGGGCCUGGACAUGCAGCUUGCGGCACUGUGCCUCGCCCCUGGGGGGGUGAGCACCAAACUGGGAGACACGGAGGGCUGGGGGUUGUGGGGGGGUCAUGGGGAACAUAGGGGCCAUGUGGGGAAGAUGGGGAACAAUACAGAGGGGCUAUAGGGGGCUAUGGAUGGUUAUGGGUGGCUAUGGGGCUCUAUGGAAGGAGUUACAAGGAGUUCAUGGGAGGGCUGUGGAGAAGUUGUGGGUGGACAUGGGGAGGCUAUGUAGGGGUCAUGGAGGGCAGUGGGGGGAUAUGGAGUAGAUAUGGGGAGGCUACAGGAGGUCAUGAGAGCCUAUGGAAAGCCAAGGUGGGACUACGGGGGGGGGGGCGCUAUGGAGCCACCAUGUGGGGCUAUGGGGGACAAUUAGGAGUUGUGAGGCACAAAGUACGGGUUAUAGAGAGUGAUGGACGGAGGUGGGGGGCCAUGGGGCUCCCAUAGGCAGGGCUGGG